UGUCACAAUAUUAAAGUAGACGGAUAUUUUCCGUCGUCGGUGUUUUCUGUGUGCUAACUAAACUGAAGUUGUUUGAUUUUUAACAAUCUCAAAAACAUGCAGAACCACAUGGAGGUAAUAAAGGACUUUGCAGAGACUCAUGUGGUCGCCCUCUCUCUUGCCUUUGUCGCAGGUGCCGGUGUGCUGGGCUUCCGUAGGUGGAUGGCUGGGAACGUGUGCCGGAGCAAGGUCAGACUGGAAGGGAAAACAGUCCUGAUCACAGGAGCCAACACUGGCAUUGGGAAGGAGACGGCCCUGGACAUGGCCCAUCGGGGAGCCAGAGUAAUCCUAGCCUGCAGGGACAUGACUAGAGCCCGUAUCGCCGCUGAUGAGAUCAGGCAGAAGAGUGGGAACGGCAAUGUGGUGGUGAAAAAACUGGACCUGGCCUCACUGCAGUCUGUCAGAGACCUAGCCAAAGACAUCCAGGAAAGCGAGGAACGUUUGGACAUCCUUAUCAACAAUGCGGGCAUCAUGAUGUGUCCUAAGUGGCAGACAAAGGAUGGCUUUGAAAUGCAGUUCGGUGUUAACCAUCUGGGACACUUCCUCUUCACCAACUGUCUCCUUGACCUGCUGAAGAAGUCGGCUCCAAGUCGAAUUGUCAUUGUCUCCAGCCUAGCACACGAGAAAGGUCAAAUUCAUUUUGAUGACAUCAACCUGGAUAAAGACUACUCACCUGUCAAGAGCUACCGCCAAAGCAAGCUGGCCAACGUGCUCUUCGGCAGAGAACUGGCUACAAGACUGCAAGGAACUGGUGUGACAGUGUACAGCCUUCACCCCGGGGUCAUCCGCACAGAGUUAGGCCGCCAUUUCUUUCCUAACUUAGCGCUGUGGAAGAGGAUCAUAGCGAUUCCAUUGGCAAUGCUGAUCAAAACUCCCUGGGAAGGAGCCCAGACCACCAUCUACUGCGCUGUGGACGAGAGCUUGGCAAAUGACAGCGGCCUCUACUACAGCGACUGUGUCCCUAAAAAGCCGGCACCACAGGCCCUGGACGAUGCUGCAGCCAAGAAGCUGUGGGACCUCAGUGCGUCCAUGGUUGGUCUGGCGUAAACACAUCUGUCUGUCCUGGCUCUACCUGCUCCUUCUCCUGCUGGAGUGAGUGGCUGUGUUUACAUGGGUAUCUUGUAUGCAUCUUGUAAGACAUUACACUAAUCAAUCAUGCUUCACUAUUUUACAAGAUUUAAUCACGACUACAAAAUGUUGCACUAUUUAAUCUACAACUCCUUAUCAGUUGAUUUAAUAUUAAAACUCUGUGCACUGCCUAAUCAGUUUGUAUAUGUUGCCCUCUUAUAUACAAUUUGUGCUGCUAUAUCCUCAGUUAAACCAGGUGAUACUUGCUUUAUAAUCUACCGUCUUGGCUGAUUGACUGUAUGUUAUACAAUGAGCUUUGAACAUGUUUUGGUUUGUAGUUAUGAUUAUGCUGCAAAUUCCAAGAGACAUUGAAGGCUUCAAACUGCUGUGUGUAAUCACGCCGUCGCACAAUAAUUACCACGAUGCAGCGGGGUGAUUGUACAGAUUCUGUAACAACCUCACUGCAGAAACACACUCUCAGAAACACUGGAAAGCAAUACUACAGUUUAACUCUACAAGGGAAGGAGGGUGAGAGCCGAUUUGUGACCAGGUUGAAGAGGCAAGCUGACACGGUCACUUAAAGGCUGGUAAGUGACCUUAAGUGCUGGCAGUGGUGAGGAGAUUUGAUCCUCCGCCUUGUGUUGAGAGGGAGUGCGCAGGAGAUCCACAUAGACUCGUCAUGUUACUCAUGUGCUCUUUGUGUGUGUCUGUGUGUGUGUGUGUGUGUGUGUGUGUGUGUGUGUGUGUGUGUGUGUGGUUCUUGUAGGCAUGGUGGAUGACGUUUGUUGUAUCAUGACAAGAUAUUUAUGGUGUUUUCUUUCUCUUGAAGUGAAGAUUUAAUGACGAGCCUGUUAAAGUGUAAAACAGGGUUGACAACACUAAUGUAAAACCUCUGGCAAUAAAUGUUUAUGAAAAAAAA